AUGUGUAUAUAGAUAUAUACAUAUUUAUAGCAGAAAUUGUUUCGGGUUAUAUCAAUAUGUUGACAAGGGUUUUGAUAUUCAUAUUAACGUCAUCAAAUGCAUUAUUAUCGACUGCAUCUGAAUUACAGAGAUGUUACCUUCCUGAAACGAAAACAAAGAUUGACGUUGAGAAGCUUUCGGAAAUGACGUGGUAUACGGGACUACAGACCAAUGAUAUUGCAGCUUCCAUUAUCUCUUGUGCCAGGUUAAACAACUUCGCCACUACAGAAUCAGGAUUUGAUGUGGUUCUGAAGGAACGAGGUCUCAGGUUUGUUGAAUAUGAUCUUCGUUUCACCUUAGGUAGAAACGGAAUUUAUUAUAUGGACAAAUCAAAUAAAGAGAUCAAUCACCUCGAGCAUUUACGAUCUAUGCAUGGGAUUUAUAACCAAGCAGUAUUGGAUAUGGAUCACUUUCUUGCCGAUGGACAUCCUGCUUUUCUUUCCGAUUAUGAAAAUUAUCUCGCGGUUUUUGUUUGUCCACCAAAUGGAUUAGCUGAUGAAGCACACCAAAUGAUUUGGGGAUAUUUUCCGAGCCCAAAUCCAACUUUGUCACAGAUUGCAGCUUUCGUGAAUGUUCUUCAUGAUGUGGGAAUAUCAGCAAAGUUUCAUGCUUCAACAUGUGAUGAAACGAACUGGAAUCAAGAGUAAUUGAAACUGACUUUUUGCUGAUCACAACUUAAUUAGACGGAAAAAUAUAUUUAAUAGACAUUUUUAGUAGUUUAAAACCGUAUUUUAUUUUUUUUUUCACAUAUAUUUUGAAAGUUAAUAUCGUUUAAACUUUAAAACCCAUCAAAAUUAGUUAAAACAUUUCGUUUUCAACUAAUUUAGUAUCAAUUUCCACCAAAAGUACCACGCAUGUAUUACAUUGAAGUUACUUAAGAAUCCCCAAAUUUGGCACUGGUCAUCUUUCAAUGGUAAUCCUAAUCAUAUCAGCGUAUAUGGUGGGAGCUGAUCUCGAUGACCGUAUGGUCGUAUCGCGCCCUCCUUUCCAUACCAAAACAAUUUUAUUGCUGUUGUCCUUUAUUGAUGACUGUAUUUUUGGCUGACGGUAUAAUAAAUCUCUCUCUCUCUCUUAUACUCAUAUUCACAAUCUAUCCGAUUCACAAGAAAAUUGGUUAAUUGUGACUUCAUUUUUUUGAUAGUACAAAAUAAUCAGAGGUAGGCAAGAGAAUUAAAUUCAUAGUAAGGUAAAAAAAAAAAAUUAAAUUGCUUCGAAACGUAUUAGUUACUGGCGCUCAAAGACAGUUCCAAUAUAGUGUGUACCCCUUUUCAAAUUCUGGAGCUACUUUAGCUCUUGUGUAUUACCGCUAGUGGACAGUGGUUCACUGACUUGUAUUAUUGGUCAAGGUCUCUUCGGCAAGAACAUGGAACAUAUUAAAUUUGCUCAUCUACUUUACCUGUUUAUCGUUUAACUAUUGGCUAGAUAGGCGGCAAUUGUUAUAUACCGCAACCCAUUCCUGCAUAGUUGCUUUAUUGGUUUAUAUUUAUUAACUGACGAUUCCGUUCAACGAAGUGCUUUUCUUGGUAAAAAAAAAAAACUUCAGCCGUAUCAGACUAACGUUUCGUAUUUGGAUUGUAAUCAAAUAGAUCGAUCGAGAAAAUACAGAUCUGUCUAUCACCUUAUUUUAUUUAACAACAAUAAAUUAAUGCUAUAAAAAUAUA